UGUUAACUUUGGAACUUUCUUUAUUUGUAUGUCCUUCCUAUGAGGAAAUGAGAAAGUCAUAAUUGUUGUUUGUUAUAGCUGUGGCAGUUUCAUGUUUGGUUUGGAGUUUUGUUGUAAGCUGAAUCUUCAUUAAAAUUGUUGUAAUAUUUUUGGGGAGUUAUAAUUGAUGGUUUUUUGUGGUUAUCUUUCAUGGAUUUCUAAGGAUUGGAACAUAUGCUUAUGAUUGUUGUGUGCUGGAUUUGUUACAAAACUACCAUCUCAUGUGGUUUCUGUUGUUAAGAUUCGAGUAGAUACUUCAUUUGUCAUGAAGCAUGGAUACUGACACGCCGACACAGUUAAUAAUUUGAAAAAAAUCACAUAAUUCAGUGUAAUUACAAGUAUCGGUAUCGUGUCGGUGUCGGACACGACACAUGUCCGACACCGAGACACGCCUAAUCCGAAGAGUGUCCGUGCUUCAUAAAUUGUCACUAUCCAAGAUCCAUUGGGUCAUGAGUGUGUUAAGACUCAAGAGUCACACAUUGUUUGUGUUAGAACAAUAACUGGUAACAAAAGAUUAAAGAAACGCAAAUCACAAACAAUGGAAUGUAAUCGCUGUUUACGCAGUUCGGCUAAGUUACAAACCAUAUAUAUCGUAUUACAAUCCAAAUUACAACCAUACCCCUGAAUCGUACCAUAGGGGCAAUCACCAUCCCCCCAAAACAAAUAGUUGGGCCUAACGUACAAUUGCAAAGCUAUAGCUGCAUUUCUUCAACUACAUACUCAUUUUUUCUUUUUUAAUGUUAGGGGUUAGUAGUGUUAGGUUUCUGUUAGUGAUGGUUAGUAAGAGAGUUAGUUAACACAUUAGAUUGGUUAGUUUGACUAAGAAAAUUAGAAGAAAUUAGAUGUUUCCUAUAAAUAAAAAAUUGAGCGAAAAAUAAGGUCUUAAGGUCGGGACUAGGGACUAGGGAGGUGGGUGUACAGACCCUCAAGGAUUUACUACGUGUGCAAGUUAUUUUCAAUCUUCAGGUAAAGAACCCCAUUUCGGUUGGCCUGAUGGUAUUGACUUGGAAUCUAGGAGUGUGUUGCUACUCAAGGUCUCAGAACUAGCCUCUAAUUUCUGAACCAAGAAAGAGAUCCAAGAAAUGGAUGCAGCUUUAGAAAAAAUCUACUCACUCAAGGGUUUCUCAACGAAAGAAAACGACAUCCAAGAUCUUGAUAUAUCCUUGCAAGCCUUAACAGAAAUAGAUCAUCGGCUAGCCUAUUCUUCCGAGAAGCUGGUGAACUUACAUAUUUUGUAUAUUUAUCUAUUGGCUCGAGAAAACGAUCUUGAAGAAAUAGAUUCGAAGAAUACCUGCGACUUAGAAAACUCAUUUGAGAAGGCAAUGAUGUUUGAUCUAUUGUCUGGCAUUUUAGAUUUUGAGGCAACAGAGCUUGACAAUUUCAUGGACACUCUACAUGAAGAAAUUGUUGAUGCUCGUCAUAAAAUAUUGUCGUGCAGACAUUUGACUGAGGUUUUCUUUAUAAUGGAUGAAAAAUUGCAAGAUUCCGAAGAGUCUGAGAAGCAAUUACAACAACAGUUAUUGGAAUUAAAGAUUCAGUCAUCGCAGCUUCAGAAAAGUCUUGUGGCUUUCCAACACGAGAAUUGGGAAAUGGGGAAGGCUUUGAAUUUAUUAGAAAAUAGUCAUGUGUCAAAUGUGAAAGUGAAAACGAAAGAUCAGAGAAUGGUUGAACAACAGAGAUAUAUUCUUCGAAUGCUUGAGAAGUCGCUCGCAAGGGAGCUAGAUCUUGAAAAGAAGUUAGCAGAGUCAAGAAAUAACGAAGAACUAAAGAUGAAACUCCGCUACACUGAACAAGUGGCAUUUUAUAUGGAAGAAACAGCAGAAGUUGUUUGGGGAAGAUUUCUUGAAGCAGACAAUGCUACCGAGGUGUUAAUGGGGAUUUCGAAAAGUAUAAUGGGACGUCUCCAAGUAACUGAGUUCAACCUCAACGGUUAUAUGCAGCGAGAAAAUGAGCUAAAAUUGAAUAUUCAAAUUUUAAUCGAACAACUUAAGGCUAAAGAUGCUGCUUUAGAGAAGAACGGGAGAUGUAAUGUUAAUGUUGACGAUAUUCAGGAAAAUACUGAGGUGUUGGAUUUGAGGGAAAAGAUGAAAAUUCUAGAAGAAGAACAAAAGAAUUUUGAGGUUCAGAUAAAUUCUUUGAGCGAAGAGAAUGAAGCCUGUCAUGAACAACUUAUAGAAAUAGAAAAUUUUGCUGAAUCUCUAAAAGAAAGUAUUGAUAUAGCAGAAAAUCGAGCUGAGAGUGCUGAAGCAAAGGUUACACAGUUAACUGAAACGAACUUGGAACUUACUGAAGAGCUGAACUUUCUUAAAGGGAGUGCUAGUACUGCCGAGAAAAAAGUCGGUUCGCUUGAGAAGCAACUGAGGGAGCUAGAUAUCCAACUACAGAAUGCGAAGGCAUCUUCUGAAGCAGGUCAAGAACAGCAGAAUAUGUUAUACACAGCAAUUUGGGAUAUGGAAAUAUUAAUUGAAGAGCUCAAAUCUAAGGUUUCAAAAGCUGAAAGUAAUAAAGAUAGCGCUGAAGAACAAUGCAUUGUGCUAUCUGAAAAUAACCUUGAACUUCAUAAAGAGUUGGAUCUCUUCAAGUCGAGAAUGCUUUGCAUGAAAACAUCAUUGGAUCACGCUAGCAGUACAAAAUUAUCAAGUGCAAAAGAAAUUGAUACCAAAACAAAGUUUAUCAUGGAUUUGGUAAUGCAACUAGCUACUGAAAGGGAGCGCAUUAAUAAACAGCUAGAUGCUUUAAAACAGGAAAAUAAAAGUUUGGUAGGAAAGUUAAAGGAGACUAAAAUUGGUGCAUGCAACAAUGGACUAAUUAACAGAAAUGAAGAUCAAGCUUCCAACAUUGACUCAAGCAAUGACAGCAGUACAAAAUCAUUUGAUGGAGAAGGAAUGGAACACUUCAAUAAAACCUUUCAGGUGGGUGAACAAUCAGAAGUAGCAACAUCAUCUGUUUCAGCAAAUAAGCCUACAAAUUGGAGAAACAUAUUUCUUUUUUGGACAAUUUUUACCCCCCUUGUUUCGGUGUUGGUCUUCUGCUUGUUGGACAAAAGCAAGUUUUCUUUUCUGAAAGAUUUUGUUGGUUAAGUUAUAGCCUAGCGAAAUUUUGUUGUUUGUGCAGUUGUGUUUCACUCUAGUCCUUUACAUUAUUUUUUGAAGGGACUCCUUUAGAUUCUUUAUUGUAUAUUAAAUACUGAUGUACAUUUUUGAACCUAAAAAAUAAUUAAUGUAAUUUACUAUGUGAUGUUAGAGUGGUUAAUAUAACAGUUAAGUUGUAGAUUA